UCCAAGAUCUCAUGGCUUUACAACUGGUCCCCGCACGCAACCCCCGACAGCCAGUCCCUCGAGUUCGUGCCCAUGCAGUGGAACCACGUCAACGUCGACUCGCUGGCCGAGCACGUCCGCCGGGCCGGCGCCCACACCCUCCUGGGCUUCAACGAGCCUGAGCUGCCCAGCCAGUCCAACAUGUCCGCCGAGCUGGCCGCCCGGGAGUGGGUGCGGGCCAUCGAGCCCCUGCGAAGAGAGGGCGUGCGGUGCGGGAGCCCGGCCAUCUCCUCGGCGCCGCACGGCGUGCAGUGGAUGGCGGACUUCCUCGCCAGGAUCCGGGCGGCUGGUUCAGAUAUUGACUUUUACUGUUUCCACUGGUAUGGAGUCGGGCUGGGGCCCUUUUACGACUACAUCUGGUCGACGCACCACCAGCUGGGCCCCAACAAGCCCGUGUGGAUCACCGAGUUUGCGUGCACCAACUGGAGCAAGGACCAGCCGCUGCCCAGGGCCCAGGUCGAGGACUUUGCGCGGGAGAGCGCCAAGUAUCUGGACUCGCUGGACUGGGUCGAGAGGUAUGCCUGGUUUGGG